GUCAACCUUCAACACUCACCGGCAUCUCGGACAUCUCGCCACGCCCGUAGCUAUACACCCUGGCAGGUGGUAUUCAUGCGCGCAUGUCGGGAAGCUUCGCACAGCAGCCUGGGCCGCCGGCAACGGCUGGUUGCAUUUUGUACAAAGACGUGCGGGGGCACCCAUCGUACAGGAACCUCAGGUAGAGUCCGAGUCCGCGGUGCUGGCAUCAUGUCGUGAAGUAUAUGUACUCCACGAAGCUACGCCAGUACUCGGAACCCGAUAAGCCACCCUCGCCGCCAUCCAAGCUUCGAAUCCUCAUUGCGUCCUUCUUUGCCUCGAGUUGCUUUGCACGCGGGAUUGUUCAGCGAGGUAAGGUUCAGGCCGAUAGUCUUCAUAUUCAUUUCCGCCGACUCACUCUCUGCAUGCGUUUCAGCACAUUGCCUUGCGGCGAACACCGAAGCACCGGACGACUAACACACUGGAUUCAAUUGUACAGUCUCGUUGAAGGAGCCUUGGUAGUAUCCGAGCUGCCAUUUACGCCUAUGUGCCAGCCUCGUAGCUCCAUUUCAUACACGUCUCGACUCGGAAGCUUCGUGAUAGUACUUGCGGUCUGCAAUACCGUUCUGAUAGUACUACAGUCUACGUUUAGGUUCACGAUCCCUAUCGCGUCCCUCGAGCAAGGGCUCAGGCUGGAAUAAACACGCCCGUGUGGAAGGCCUUCCACGCCCAGCAUCUGGAACCUCACCGUCCUUCCAGGGUCGCCGAACCUAUACUCUCCCAUCAUCAUCGCAUGCAGGGCGGACGAUAAGGAGAUGCUGACAGUCAGACAUCCCAGCCUGUUCGUCGCCUGACUCGGCUAGAGUCGGGACACGACACCGCAGACGCACUAGGCCGCGGUCAUCAUACCAGCCAGCCAGUUCAUGAGCUCGCAAGGACUUGAAGCACCCGUCUCUCACUGCCGAAAUCCCGGAUGACCCCCUAAUCUCAUAACGAGAAGAGAGCAAAGCCAUUCGAUGUUCC